UACAUAUUAUUCAUCAGAAAUAUAAUAUAUCUCUCUCUCUAUCUCUCUCAUGGAUGAGUCAGGCAAUAAUGGAGGAAUUGAGUUUCUGGAGAACAAGAGCAUUUUGAUCACUGGGGCUACUGGUUUUCUAGCAAAGAUUUUGGUGGAGAAAAUAUUGAGGACUCAACCCAACGUGAAGAAACUCUAUCUACUACUGAGGUCUAGUGAUGAGAUUUCAGCCGUGAAACGUUUCCAUAAUGAGGUAAUUGAGAAGGAUUUGUUUCAAGUGCUGAGAAAAAAAUGGGGUGCAAACUUAAGUGCAUUGAUUUCAGAAAAAGUUUGUGUGGUGCCUGGGGAGAUCUCACUCCCAUGUUUGGGAAUGAAAGAUUCAAUUCGGGUUGAAGAGAUGAAGCGUAAAGUAGAAAUAAUCGUUAAUUUAGCUGCAACGACCAAUUUCGAUGAAAGAUACGAUGUAGCACUUGGGACCAACACUGUCGGAGCUAGAAAUGCUGUAAGCUUUGCAAAGCAGUGUUGUAAUUUGAAGCUUCUUGUUCAUGUAUCCACUGCUUAUGUUUCAGGAGAAAGGGAAGGACUUAUUCUAGAAACUCCGUAUAAAUUGGGAGAGUCGUUGAAUGGCAUCAAAGGGCUGGACAUUGAAACAGAACAAAAAGUAGUGGAAGAGCGAUUAAAACAACUUAAAGAGAAUGGUGCUACGAAUGAAUAUAUAACUCUAGCGAUGAAAGAUUUGGGCCUCGAGAGGGCUAAGAUGUAUGGAUGGCCAAACACAUAUGUAUUUACAAAAGCAAUGGGUGAGAUGUUGGUUAGUGAUCAAAAAGACGAUCUUUCUUUGAUUAUCAUACGACCAACCAUAGUUACAAGUACUUACAAAGAACCUUUUCCGGGUUGGAUUGAAGGAGUCCGGACCAUCGAUAGCAUUACUCUAGGAUAUGCUAAAGGAAAACUAACUUGUUUUCUGGCUGGUACUAAUUCAAUCAUUGAUUUGAUCCCGGCAGAUAUGGUGGUAAAUACAAUUUUAAUGUCAAUGGUAGCUCACGAACUCCAUCCAUCUAAUCAAACCAUAUAUCAUGUGGGUUCAUCGGCAAGAAAUUCCAUGAGAAAUAUUGAUUUUCAACGCUUUAACUUUCAAUAUUUCACCAAAAACCCAUGGAUCAAUAGGGAUGGAAAUGUGGUUAAGGUUGGAAAAGUUACCGUAUUUGAGAGCAUGACCAGCUUCCGUAGAUAUAUUGCCAUUCGCUACUUAACUUUUCUCAAGGGAUUGGAAUUUGCAAACAAGGCAUUUUGCCACUCUUUUCAAGACAAGUAUGUUGAGAUGAAGAGGAAGUUCAAUUUGGUGAUGCGACUCAUCGAACUUUAUCGUCCAUAUUUAUUCUUCAAUGCUGUUUUUGAUGAUACAAAUGCUGAAAGAUUGAGAAAGGAUAUACAAAAUAAAGAUACAAAAACCGAGGCGUUAUUUUUUAUGGAUCCAAAGGCUAUAAACUGGGAGGAUUACUUCAUGAAUGUCCACUUGCCUGGGCUUGUUAAACACGUCAUCAGAUGAUUCUAAUUUAUCUGAAAUAAAAUUAAUUACUUGUUUGAUUGUUUCCUAAUUGAAUGUUUUUUAGAAAAAAUUUAAAUUAAGAUAAAAGUUAUGUUUGCUAUAAAGUCCUGUGGGGGUAAUUAAUUAUUGCAUUGUAUUUUUAGCAAAGGAAAAAUCUAUCGACAUCAAAGGCAAUAAAAUUACAUAACCAAAGUUAUUGAUUCUCA